CCCCGCUCGCGAGGCCGGGAAUCCGCAGUCCGUCUCCCAGGAAACCGAGAUCGCCCCGCCCCCUGGUCGGUCCCCCACUUCCGCUCCUGCGCACUGGGGCUCGAGCGGACCGCGCUGUCUGGAGGACAUGGCUACUUCUCGCUUACCCCCAGCGACGCUAACGCUAAAGCAGUUCAUGAGAAGGCAACAAGUUCUCCUUCUCUACAGAAGGAUUUUGCAAGCAAUCCGGCAAGUUCCAAAUGAUUCUGAUCGCCAAUACCUGAAGGACUGGGCAAGAGAAGAAUUCAAAAGAAACAAGAGUGCCACCGAAGAGGAUACAAUCCGGAUGAUGAUUACUCAAGGCAAUAUGCAGCUCAAGGAGUUAGAAAAAACACUUGCUUUAGCCAAAUCUUAACUAUAGCAUUAUUUGGAAAGAUUUCCAGAGUCUUCAUGUGUUUUGUUGAGCUUAGGCUCAACAAUGGGCAGCCCAAAGCCAAGUCAAACUGUUUCUCCGUACAGUGCUGGGGCAGAUCAGAACAUGGAGCAUGGCAUAUCAGAGAGAGCAAAGAAAUGAGCAUCAGAACAAUUGCUUAGCACUGAAAAACAUACUGUGUAUUUUGAAAAUGUUUCUGGAUAUUUCAGCAGUUUUUUUAAGAAGAAAAAUCAGUACAACAGAUGGUCAAUUAGCACAUAAAAAG